GGAUUUUAAGAUCUGGAGUAUUCAUUCCCCCACCUCCCAGCUAAGGUUACAUGAGAUCUGUCUAAGAUUCAAAGAGGAACUGUCAGUCCAUUCAGUUGAUUCUACAUCCUUCCAAAACAGAAGCACUUUGCUGAUACCACACCACAAAGUCCAUUUUUUUACUUCUGAAAUCUGGUGGAAUGUAAAUUUUCCCCAUGUAAAACUGAAACCCCCCAUUAAAGGACCAGUUACCUAAAAUACCUAAGCAUAACCAGGUAUAAAAGGUGAAGAUGUUCCUCCAGUUCCUGUGCCUCUUUGGCAUGUCUAUAGCAGUGCCGAUGCGCUUGCCCCGUAAGGCUGGAUUUGGAAGCAAGAGUGAAGAGAUGAUGCAGUAUGGCCAAUAUGCCUACAUGAACUCACCCGCCAUGAAUCCCUUUUAUGGCUAUGGCUCCAGCUACCCACAGAUCUUCCAGCAGCAGCCAGUAUGGCCUCAGCAGCAGCUCUACUUGUGGCAGCAACAGAAACCAGUACAACCCCCUGCCAUUCAGCCCCAGCAAAAACCUCGACAAGCUCAACGUUCGCCACAGCCCAGCAGGCCACAGCCCCAGCCACAGCCUCGACCACAACCCCGGCUGCAGCCGUCCCAGCAACCAGCAAAGCCAAAGCCACAAAAGCCGCAAAAGCAGCCCCCCCCAACUCAGCCAGCACAUCCUUCUCAUUCUCAGCCCCCAGCACAGCCCCGCAAUGAGGAAAAACAGCUAUCGCCCCAGGUGUAUUUUCCCUAUAGUAAUGCACAUUUUCCUUAUCAGCAGCAACCUUGGCACAUCCCACAGAUUUACAACCAGGGAGGCUUCUUACCACAGCUGAACCCACAACACAGACAAAUGCCUCCAGGGUUUGGACAGCCACCUAUCAGCAAUGAAGAAGGAGGGAAUCCUUACUAUGGAUACUUCUUUCAAGGGCUUGGACAGAGGCCCCCCUAUUACUCAGAGGAAAUGUUUGAACAUGAGUAUGACAAACCCAAACCUGAGAAAGAAGCCCCCAAAGAAGAGAGUCCUGCAGCAGCCCCUGUCCCAAAUGCCACUGUCCCAGUUGUUAGCACGACCACACCCAGUCCCCCCAGCCAAGGAGGGGACCAAGGAGGGAAUGCAACCCACCCUGGGGUCAGUGCUGGAGAGAACGGGACCCCUUCCCAAAACCCUGAGAACAAGCCAGCUGGUGUGAAUGAGACCACACCUUCUCCUACAGUUAAUAUCUCCAGCCCGCAGGAGCCAGGCAGUGAGGGAGUGCCACAGAAUGGGCCUGAGCAGCCAAAUGCCAGGAGGAAUGCUCCAACUCUUGACAUUAUUCAACGUUUUCCUGCAAACCGGCAGCAAAUGUUUGGGCAUGGUUCUUUUGGCCAUAGAGAGUAUUCCCAGGGAUACAGGAGCUCUCUGGAUCAAGGUGCUGCCAGGCACAGAGCAUCUGCCUCCAUGGUUAAUCCCUCCACUCCCUCAGAAAACUCAUUAUACCGUAAAGGCCCUCCAGACAAUUCCCCGAUUCAAACCAAUCGAAGAGGAGACCUCCAGAGCAGACCCAGCAAUUACCCAGCACUAAACCCAAGACAUGGUCCAUCAGGAUCCGAAUUCCAACAGCAUGGGAAGAGGGCAGCAGGCCAAAGACAGAGACCACCUUUCCCUGACACACAUCCCUUGAGCCAGCGGCAAAAUGCACCCUCUUACAGCAAUAACAGAGCUGGCUACAAGAAAGGUAUCAUCCUUCCUGACAGCAAACCUCCGGCUCCUACCUUUAACACCGUAGGAACAAACGAGCACACACAGCAUUCACAGGACGAUGCUAGUAGAAUCCCUGCUUCUGGGCUGCAGCUGACCAGCCAAGCCACUCCAAAGGGAGUAUUCUUGGAUGCAAGGAGACAUCCAUCUACACCAGAAGCCAGCCAGCGGGACUGGGAGAAACAGGCAGUUAACCCUUCAUAUCCUGAAAGAGAACACUUUCCUUUAUCAGGAAGCAAGAUGUGGAGGCACCAGCAGAAUUCCCCACCUUUUGAAGCAGGGCUGCAUGAAUCCUCAACAUAUCCACCAGGUGCCUUGUUUGGCCAAAGGGGAAGUGUUUCCUACCCUGAAUACAAUUCCUUUAACCAAAAGGGAAUUCCCCAUUUCUCUCAGGGCAGUGCAUGGGAAAACUCUCCUGUGAGCCCAGCAGGACAACGUGGAAACCCCCUGUAUCCUCUCGAUUCAAGUCAAAGGGAAGGAGGUCCCCAUUAUGAAAAUGAUCCCUUUGAUCAGCUAGGACCUGACUCUUACCCUGGACAAAGGACAUGGGACCAGGAGCAGCCAUUGCCUGAGGCAGAAGGCAGCCCGGCCGGGCAAUAUGGAAACCCACAAUACCUUCCAAGCAAUCCAGCAGAGCAGGAGGUUUAUUUCCAGUACUCUAAAGACCAGGGGAGAUAUUUCCCUUACAAUGAAAUCAGCCCCUGGGCCCCAGAAGAUAAUUACCCUCUUUAUAAAGUAGGGCCCCCAAGGCAAACAGAAAACAUCCCGUAUCAUUUAAAAAGAGAGUUUGGUCCUAGAGGGAGCAUCCCAUGGGACCAGGAAACAAACCCCUUGCCACAGAACUUCAACCCUCCACCUCAUCCAGGCAGAUCACAGUUUUUAACAAGAAGUCCCCGGGAUCCAGAAAUGGGGUCACCAGUACAGACAGAACGUACCCCGCACUCCAAGGGAUACCCACCAAACUUUAGAGGGAUUACAGCAUUCCCUUCCUCCAGCCGCUUGUGCUGUGCUGGGAAUUCUCCAGUGCCAAAGGAAGACCCCUUGGCAUCACUGGAUUACUCUUUGCAGUUGAGACCUUCCACAUGGGAACACAAGCCUCCUGAAGGCAGUCACUCAAAGCAUGCUAGGCAUGUUGCAUACCCAGCUGCUAUUCAGUCUGGUCAAAAAAACUGUUCACUGCGGCUUGAGAAAAGCCCAGGAGAAAAUGCAGAAAACUUUGAAGAUGGAACACGAGAUCAGGAAAGGGAUAUGCCAUGCUCAAAAAAUGCAUUGGGCCAGAAUAAGAAACAAGGAAGCCCCAAAAAGGGACCAGACCCAACUAGAAAUCCACUUUACUUUGAAAGUAAUACAAGGGGAGAUGGAAACAGUGUGUUUGCCCAAAUCUUUGGACUAAAUCAAUACAACGGGAGAGAUGCUGGACCAGAUCCUGAGAAUCACAUGACAGGUCCACAUGAUAUUCCAGAAGAAGAGCCUUUGCCAGAAGGAAUCAAAAGUGCUACUUUAGGCAGCAAAGUUGAUAUGAAAGAAGUAGCCCAUGAGUUCAAAAGAAUACCCUGCUUUGGAAGCUGGUUAAGGCAACAUUUGUCCAGCACUGGAGUGCCACCUGGUGUCAGAAAGCAAGAAUCAAUUUAUGGAGAUCAACUACUUGUAAUCCCCACUAGAAAACCAAACCUUCAGUUGGAAACAGAGGCAAAGAUCCCAAGUGCUGAGCCACCAAACGGAGUCAGCUCUCUAACAGGAGGCAUGGCAAAUGAUUCAGAGGAAAGGAGACCAGACUGUCUACUACUGCAAAACUAAUGAAAGCAAAACGUCAUUUAAGUUCAGGAAAAUAAAUGCUAUCCCAGAGAAAUAAAACUGAUGUACACCUUUGCACUAAUAUUGCAGUGAAAGAGAUGCUACAACCCUUAACAUUAUGUUAGAAAUGAAGAGGCUGUGUGUGUGUGUGUGUGUGUGUGUGAGAGAGAGAGAGAUAAUGAGAGAUUGAGAAGGAGAGAGAGAGUGAGAGAGAGAGGUUUCCAUGGGUGUUUUGUUAGUUUUCAACAGGAGUCUAAUUCCAUUAGCAUAAAUCCCUAUGCUAAGCAACUGUGCUUUCCUUAAAAUUCAUUUGUGCUUCGUAUCAAUUGCUUUUUGAACAGUAUCAAUGUUAGCUUUGUAUAAAAGGCAUCGCUGUAAGUUUUUUUUUCCUUUUUAGGAACCUUUAUUGUUUUUGAAAAAUGCAUUCUCUGUCUCAGGAAAGCUGGCUGGUCUCAGAUUGCAACAGAAAAGGCAAUAUCUCUUCUCAGCUCUCUGGGGUUUCCUGGCACCAAAUGACAGUGGAGCCCAGAUGCAAUCUGUGGCUCUGAGAGGGAAACUAUACUGCCAAGAUGGCAAAGAAGUAGAAGCCAUAACAGAUUCACAGGGAGAAAAAUAUCUCCAGACUUCAGUUUCCAUCUUGCUGGAUAAUCACUCCACUGAAGUAAGGCCCUGAUUCCGCAAAGCAUUCAUGAGUAUAUAAAUGUUUCACAUGGAAGUCAGUAAGACUCAAGCACAUACUUACUGGUAAGCGCUUGGUUGAGUAGGGAGUGCCUGGGGAACCAGAACCACAGAACAAGGGUCUGUGUUUGUGUAGAGGUUCAGCCUGGGUGAUCACAUCGCUCCAUUCUGGCCUAGAUUUAAGCAGGCAGAGGUGGACAAGGAGUCCAUCCAAAUGACUUUGUUUAAUGAUGUUCUGUUUGAACCACCUAGGCAAGGCCACCUCCAUCAACUGUCCACCAACAAGGCCUGAGCUGGGUUAAUUCAGCCCAAUACCGUGAACGCUUAAUGACCCCUACCUGGAGACCAAAAACACUCCAAUGACAAUCUCAAACACUGCACACUAUAGCAGUGGUUCUGCAGGGCAUGAGGACAGCACUGGGCAAUCUCACAUGGAAAAGUAACAAGUUUCAGAGCAUUUGGUCCUUGUUUAUAUAAGCUAGGCAUUGUGGGGCAUUUGAUGUUAUAUUGACCUGCUGGUAAUGUCCCAAGCAGCACAGUUUUCUGGACAGAAGCUGAAAAACAUCUACUGCCAGGCAUCAAGAAUCUUCUUUACUUGCACUGCUUAGCUCUGUGUCAAAGCUCUCUAGUUUUGCAUGCCAGCUAUAGUUGCUGCAGGCUCCAUGGGUGCAGUCAGUGCUUUUAAUAGCAAUGGAUUUACUAGAGCUCUGGUUGAUUGGUUUUGUGACCACAAGCAUUGCCAAUUGGAAAUAAAAUUAGUUUAAAUUUCACUGGUAUUUUUCCCCAUUGCUAUUUCCAACCUAAACCCUUUCUCCAUCAAGAAAGCAGUCUUUAGUCACUGAUGCACUUGUAAAGGAUUUCUGCUAAACAGUGAAUCCAUAACACACACACACAAACAAGGAGAGUGAUUUGGACAGAUGAAGACUGAAAGCCCUAUAUCUACCUGGAGAGGGCUAUUGUAUUAUAAUUGAGUCACGGCAUUAGCUGUAUACAUCCUGAACAAAUCUCACCCUGAUGCACAGCAUCAGCACAGGUCUGUUUUACAGUGAAGUCCUACAUAAUGAUUUACCACCACCACUGCACAGAAGCAAAUUUCAUCCCCUGUCCCUCCAGUUAAACUAAUCCAGAGCAGCAGAAACAGCACCAGCUAGUUGAGCAAAGCUGGGUAAAUGCAGCAGAAAGAAGAAUAUUCUGCUCUGGGAGUGAGAGGUAAUGCUUUAUGCACUCAGCCAGAGAGCUACAGUCCUGUUCCCCUCAGCAGAGAGGAAGGAGUUGGCUCAUGAAUGUAAGUGCUGUGCCACAGUUACAUGUACCCAAAGCAAUAUGCCUUGCAAGGAUGAAGUUGUGCAACAAUUAAAACUGAUGACUUCAAUGGAAGGCCCUUCAAGGGAGGGUCCUUAUCUUUUACCAAACUAGGUUCUAAAGGAAGGCUACUGUAAAGCAAAUUACAGUAAUUUCAGCUUUGGAACUUGUGUAGGGUUUCAGUGCAAUGUGGGAUAGCAAAUCCUAGGAUAAGCCCAAGGAAACAUGCCUGAGGGAUCCAUGAUUCCCUCCUAGAUCCCACCUUGUUCUAGAACUCAGUCAUCUACCACUGAUAUAUUCCUUUCCCAGGACCAGAUCAAUACUUAGGCUGAGCAUGUGGUGAACAUUUUAGUACAUAGCAAGUCUAUGAAUAUUAUAUAUUAUCUAGUCACUGAGAUAGUCGGCAUGACUAUUUUGGGUUAGGAGCGUACUUAUGAUAUGGCUAUAUAGCUUUAAUUCAGUGGUGACUGUUGCCAGGAAGAAAACGGUUUCCCAGGUAAGAACAUUUCAACAUGUGUUUGCAAGACCACCAGCCACCCCAUCUCCAACAAAGUAGCAAGUCCUGUUUUGCUGGCAGUUAAUAGAUCAUAGGUUUGAUUUGGACUGCAGAAAAGAGCAAUGAAAAGGCUGAGCAGGAUUGAAAGUCAUGCCCUCCAAAGCUGUGAGACUGAAGUGGGUGACCAAGUUAUACCAAUCAGAGCCUUGCAGUCUCAAGGGGUUUAUUAGAAACUUCAGAAUGUCUCGAUCUUCAUGUAGAAAGUGGAUGGACAUCUGAAAAGCUGGGCAUGCAUACAGUCUGCUUAUUGUUUUUAAGGUCUUUUUUUUCUGUGAAGUGCUAAAUAAAAUACUUUGCUUUAA